GUGACAGGCCCGGUUCCAGCCUGUGGCGGCGGCCGCAGCGCGGUAUUCGUCAUGGAGCCGGCGCCGCGGAGCUGUCCGUGGCCGCGGUGGCUGCUGCUGUUCCCGCUGCUCCUGGGCCUCAGCGCGGGAGCUGUCAUUGACCGGCCGGCAGUAGAGGGCAAGGAAGUAUGGGACUACGUGACUGUCCGGAAAGACGCCCACAUGUUCUGGUGGCUCUAUUAUACCACCAACCCCUGCAAGAACUUCUCACAGCUGCCCCUGGUCAUGUGGCUUCAGGGUGGUCCAGGCGGUUCCAGCACUGGAUUUGGAAACUUUGAGGAAAUUGGACCCCUUGACAGUGAUCUGAAACCACGAGGGACCACCUGGCUCCAGGCUGCCAGCCUUCUCUUCGUGGAUAACCCCGUGGGCACCGGCUUCAGUUACGUGAACGCGAGUGACGCGUAUGCCAAGGACCUUGCUACGGUGGCUUCGGACAUGCUGGUCCUCCUGAAGGCCUUCUUUGAUUGCCACAAAGAAUUCCAGACAGUUCCAUUCUACAUUUUCUCUGAGUCCUAUGGAGGAAAAAUGGCGGCUGGCAUCGGUCUGGAGCUUUAUAAGGCUGUUCAGCAAGGAACCAUCAAGUGCAACUUUUCUGGGGUUGCUUUGGGCGAUUCUUGGAUCUCUCCUGUUGAUUCGGUGCUCUCCUGGGGACCUUACCUGUACAGCAUGUCUCUCCUUGACGACACAGGUCUGGCAGAGGUGUCCACCAUUGCAGAAAAGGUCUUGGCCGCUGUAAAUAACAAACUCUACAAGGAGGCCACCCAGCUCUGGGGUGAGGCAGAAAUGGUCAUUGAAAAGAAUGCUGAUGGGGUGAACUUCUAUAACAUCUUAACCAAAAGCACUCCCAACUCGGCCAUGGAAUCCAGCCUAGAGUUCAUGCCGAACCACUUAGCCCGUCUUUCUCAGCGCCACGUGAGACGCCUGCACCGAGACGCCCUAAGUCAGCUCAUGAACGGCCCCAUCAGAAAGAAGCUCGGAAUUAUUCCCAAGGAUUUCUCCUGGGGAGCCCAGUCUUCUUACGUCUUCAUGAACAUGGAAGAGGACUUCAUGAAGCCAGCCAUCAGCAUUGUGGACGAGCUGCUGGAAGCUGGGGUCAACGUGACCGUGUACAAUGGACAACUGGAUCUCAUUGUGGACACCAUGGGGCAGGAGGCCUGGCUGCGGAGGCUGAAGUGGCCAGAGCUGCCCAAAUUCAAUCAGCUGAGGUGGAAGGCACUGUACAGCAACCCCAAGUCAUCGGAGACGUCUGCUUUUGUGAAGUCCUACAAGAACCUGUCUUUCUUCUGGAUUCUAGGCGCGGGCCACAUGGUUCCCUCUGACCGAGGAGAGAUGGCUCUGAAGAUGAUGAGGCUGGUGACUCAGCAGGAGUAGGCCGCCCUGGACUUUGAUGAGCAGGGUUGGCCCUGGGGACACAGGAGCGAACCACGGACCUAGAGCUGUGGGGACCACCUGCAGCCCCCAAAUCCAGCACGGUCUGUGACUGCGAAGGCUCUCCAGCUCCCACAGAGGGUA